CAAGUGAACCAGCUCCGCGAGCGAACCAGCCGAGAUCAGAGCGUCUUCAGGCGGAUAGAGGACCACAGCCCCUCGGUACAACCCGAACAGGACCGGGACAGAACCGGAACAAUAGAACCACAGCCCCGCGGGAGAACCCUGACAGAACAGAAGAACAGAACUCGGACAGUACCGGACAUGGGUUUCCUCCUGACGAAGAUGAUGACGGUUUUCGGGGACAGAGAGCACAAAGUCAUUGUCGUGGGUUUGGACAACGCUGGAAAAACUACAAUCCUCUACCAGUUUUUGACCAAGGAGGCGGUGCACACGUCUCCGACCAUCGGGAGUAACGUUGAGCAGAUCACAGUUCGAAACACGCAUUUUUUAGUCUGGGACAUUGGAGGACAGGAGAGUCUGCGAGCAAGCUGGUUUUCAUAUUACUGCCACACAGAGAUUGUGAUUCUGGUGGUGGACAGCACAGACAGAGAGAGACUCACUCUCACUAAAGAUGAACUGCACAGAAUGCUGGCUCACGAGGACCUUCAGAACGCUGCAGUUCUGGUUCUAGCAAACAAACAGGAUGUGAAGGACUCGAUGACGGCGGCGGAGAUCUCCCAGUGUUUAACUUUAGACACCAUCACCACGCAUUCAUGGCACGUCCAGGCCUGCUGCGCGCUGACGGGGGAGGGUUUACCUGCGAGUCUUGAAUGGAUGCGGUCCAAAGUUCUUGCAAACUGAAAGUUUUUCAUUGAACUGCUUCAAACUGAGCCAAACCUCCAACUGUGCCAUGAACUUACACGAGAUCCUUCUAAAACGAGACAAGACACCUGGAGGAAGCUGUCAGUAAAAACACGAGAUCCUUCUAAAACGAGACGAGAGACAUGGAUGAAGCUGUCAGUAAAAACACGAGAUCCUUCUAAAACGAGACAAGAGACAUGGAGGAAGCCUUCAGUAAAAACACGAGAUCCUUCUAAAACGAGACAAGAGACAUGGAGGAAGCUGUCAGUAAAAACACGAGAUCCUUCUAAAACGAGACGAGAGACAUGGAGGAAGCCUUCAGUAAAAACACGAGAUCCUUCUAAAAUUACACUAGACGUGUUAUGUAUCUGUCAUAACAUGUCUUAUGCAACGUGUUAUGUAUAAGUAAUUUUUCUGCAUGUCGUUCAUCCACUGUGAGGGUGGAGCUCAAGUGAGGGCGGAGCUUGAGUGAGGGCGGAGCUCGAGAGAGGGCGGCGCUCGAGUGAGGGCAGAGCUCGAGUGAGGGCGGAGCUCCAGAGAGAGCGGAGCUUGUAAACACGAUGACGCUUCCUGCAGCUCUGGCACUUUGGUUUUGUUGCUUCUGUCUGUCUGAAAAAAUUUACAAAAAUGAGAUGAAUAAACAGAGAGCAGAGGCACUUAAAGAUGAAAAUAUGAAACUGGAAUCUAAGAUUCAAUAUGAAAUCAUGAUUUGGUUCAAAAACACUGAUCUAAAAUCUAUUAAGAUUCAUUCACUUUCCGACUUUUGGGAAUUAAGUUAUUUUCAAAAUAAAAAUAAAAACGUACAGUUGAAGUUUAUAGACACAAUAAACAAGAUGAAUAGUCCUCCGAUCAGACCAAAAGUGCCUCGAACAGAGCACAACAUUUUCAUUUUCACUGUAUAUUUGUAUUUUAAUUUUAAUUGUAAAUUUUAAUUAUUAUUUAUAAUUUUUAUUUUUAUUUGCACAUGGACUUGAUUUGGUUUUGCUUUCGGGAUUACCCACUGACCCACAACAGCUGCCUUUAAUGAAUCAGUGGUUCAGACAAAUGUGAAACACUGUUAUAAUUAUUGUAAAUAUAUGUGAUAUAUGGCAAAAUGAGCCAAAUCUACUGUAUUUGAUCGUGUUUGGACAGUUGUAUGUUACAGCUGUCGACACGGAAACAAGCUGCUGCAGACUUUAUUUAAGACGUUUUAUUUAAGAUGUUUAAUUUAAGACGAUUGACAAUAUUUUUAUGUUUUUGUAGUUCAAUAAAACAUUUUGAAAUGUG